CAUCCUCUUCUCUGGAACCGGGGAACCGAACCAAUGAUUCCCGGCUCGUGAAAGUCUGCGACCUAGGAGAAAAAGGAUAAAAAGGUGGGAUACUGACGUGCUCCACAAAUGAUCUACUCAACCGUGGUUAGUCGGUACCAGCACUGCCAGCAAAAGGACCACCCUCAUUCCUCUUUCAACCACAAUUGAAGCUCGGACUCGUGAUCGCCACUAGGGUCGCGUUCGCGGAACUACCUGGUCAGCGAGCCAACAUACGGCACGCUGGUCUUGCUUGCAUCAAGAACUGGUCAUCAUGCCCAUUACACCACGAUUUACACCAUGUUUUAUACGGGCAAGUCCACAGCUUGUCACACAUGCCGCCAGAGGCGUCUAAAGUGUGAUGAGGUCCGUCCGCAUUGCCUCAAAUGCAAGCGCGCUGGACGAGAAUGUCUGGGCUACAGAGAUGAAUCAGCUUUCAUCAUCCGGGACAUGACAACAGCCACUAUACAGAAAUUUGAACACAAGCCCAAGUCAGCUACACCAGCGUCGUCCUCGUCGUUGGCAGAUGAUACGGCGCCACCUAUCUCAGAGACAGAUGGACCGGGCAGCGCCGAAGGAGGCUCCACCGUCGCACUGUCGCCUGCUGCAUCUUCGUCUGCAUCGUUCUUUCAGGGUUCAUUCUCGCUUUCCGCAGAUGAAGAAUUUGGAAGUGAGAGAGACAGGAGGAAAAUACGAAAACAGAAAUCUUGGGUCGAACAUCAGGGGCCAAGGAAGAAGAGGUCGAUGAUGUUAAAACAAACACUGCUCGCCUUGCCGCUUGAGGACCGAGCUCUAUGCUAUUUCGCAAGUCGUUACGCAUUCGCGCCAACGCAGUUUCUUGAUCCAGGAUAUUUACCAGUACUCAAGGCUGUGAGUCAAAAAGAGAGUCUCGGGCCUUGCCUCUCAGCUUCAUUGUCUGCUGUGUCCCUGGCAGCUUUCUCUACCAAGGCAAAUGCACGAAAGGCUAUAGUACGAGCAAGGGCACAAUAUGCAACAGCUUUGCAGAUGACGAAUGAGGCCAUUCAACGCUCUAAAUCGUACAACGAUGACGAGCUCUUAGCGUCUGUCGUAUUACUAGCACUCUUUGAGGUCUUCUGUUCCGAAAAUAUACUCGGUUGGGGCAGUCACAUAUUUGGCGCAGCCGCAAUGCUCGGUGCUCGUGGAAAGGUCUCUCUACGCGACAAGCUGGUCAGAGCAUUAUUUCGCGUUGUUAGCAACGAAUCAGUUAAACUUCACAUGCUGGGCGUCUCUUCUCCCCAUACUGGUACUGAAGUUUGGCUUCAGUGGCUCACUGAGCCCCGAUACAUGACUUACAUAACUCCAGCGGCCGAAGCAGCAGAUCCAAAUGCGGCGGAUAUGUUGGAUCUAGCACGUAACAUGGACGGCCUAAGCUUUCAAGAACUGGCCUCUCUAAAAGGAGCUGACGCAGUAGAUCAGAUACAGAGCGGCCGUGCUGGGACAUUACCAGUGCCGCAGUUAUCACCUGCGCCACCAGUUGGAUACGCCGGGCCGCAGGGCGAGGAUGAAACCAUUAGCAUCACACUUGCUCUCUUGGAGACAAAAAAAAUGAUAAUGGCAUACUCAGAGAAGUUUCCGCCGAUUCCUGACUUGGAUGAACCGACUGAGCCAUUGGCCGACCUUGACCAGUCAAGGACAAGUGACUAUGUUACGGAUGUGGACAAGACUUACCAGAAAUUGGCAACCAUAAGCCUGUAUGUAUGUGGUUGUACUGCCAGGUUAGUUACCUAUAACGUUAUGGCCAGAUUGGCAGCAGCGCUUUCUCCCCGUGCAACUCGGGAUUAUAAUGAGGCAGUUUCAAUGGGCCGAAAGGAAAUCCGCGAGAUUUUGAGGAUGGCUCCACAUUUCUUCCGACUCAUUGAAGAGUCCUCCGGCUUGACAAACAGCAAUAGGUUUCUCUCUUCCUCUAUCGCUCGGGAAUACGAGUCGUCUUCAUCUUCAGACGAUUCUUCGAUUGCCUGUGGAGACGAAUACCUGGUAUCCAAAACCCAAAGAUCAGUACCGAAUCUUGCCAAAAGUUACAUCGGACUGAUGAUACUAUGGCCAGUUGCUACGGCUGCGUCCACUGACCUUGUCGAUGCGGACCAGUUCAAGUACAUCAUGGGGAUGUUAGAUUAUAUUAUUAACGUAUGUGGGAUAAGAAUGGGUGAUGGUGUCCGACAAUUCUGUGUGGAGAAACGGCAGCUGUCUGGUGCUCCUUUCUUUGCAUGAGGAACUAGGAGCACAUGAACACAUACACAAAGCACAAUAACGACUCGUUUGGAGACUUGCAUAAGGGCUGUUUGGUUUUGAUGCCUUUAGGAAAAUAUGCGUGGAGUUAAGGAUCAUCCCUUUGUGUGACACUGGCGGAUUUCAUUACAACAACGGAUACCCAUUUCCUUGGAUAGGUUGUACAUACAGCACAGUCAAAUAAACUUGAUAUCUACGAUAUAGGCCUGUUUUUGAGGUUUACAAUAAACCAGCCUGUCACACACGCCGUUCAUCAUCACCAAAGGAACUCCACGUUGGACUAUAUGGUUUUCAACUUUUCCACAUUAAGACUCUCCACCGCCACCCUUUGAAGAGAUCC